GUGAGGGGUCGUAUGAAGGUACGAACGAAUGGUUUUUGGCUCUCGACUGGCGCCAGGGGCAGCUGUUUUGAUGCAAGUGAAUUUUGUCAAAUCGAUUGAAUCGAGUGCAAAGCUGCCGCAUUAAUGACAAUACAGGCAACUGGGUUGUAAAAACUCUAUCGCACUACCGUCUGCGCCACGCUCAGCAAGCAGGAGCCAGCGGAAGCGCCGCGUUGGCGCAAAACCAUGCCCAGAUUCAAAACACUGGCGUUGCUCGUCGCGCUCCGCCACACCAAAGCCGGCACCACGAGCGACUACGCGCGACCAAGCCGAGCGCGCGACCUCCGCGCGCACGAACUCGGUUGCUCUUACACGAACACGGCACCCACGACGCCGGGCGACGACCUCUUCCGCGGCUUCGCGUGCGACUCGCAGGCGCACGUCUCCUUCGCGUCGCCGACGAGCGCGAUUUUGUCAUAUGUGACUCCGGACGCGGUGCCGACGGAACUGAGGUACAAACGCCGGGGCCAGCGGCUCUGGCGCACCGCGUUCGGUGACGCGCGGUCGUACACGGCUUUGGCCAACGUCGACCCCAUGCUCUGGGCGCCGACGAUGGGCGAGCCGUCCUAUACGUUGGACGAAGUACGAGCGGCGGCGAACACGACGAGCUGGGCCGUGCCGGGCUCGGCUUCUAGAAGGGCGCCUCCCUAUCCGCGCUGGCUCCAGUCUUACAACGAUCCGGCGAUGAUCUACUCGAGUCCCGUGAUCCACACGGUGACGCUGACGGAGUUGGAGGCGGGUGAAACUUACGAGUACGAGCUCGCGGACGGCGUGCACGAGUUCCGCAUGCCUCCCGCCACGUACCCCGUCAGACUGGGCCUCGCGGCCGACGUGGGCCAGACGGUCGCGUCCUGUGUGGAACUCAAAUUUACGGCGCGUUCGUCCUGAAUCGCCGCGGCGACCUCCACGCCAUCGACGCGACACCUGCUCGACGGCGUGGCGGUGUCGGUUCCUCACCGCUCGACGGAUCCAGUGCACCCGACACCCUGGUUGAUUUCCACACAGGUCGUGUCGAACCGGAGCUUCGCGAAACUGGCUGCAUUAGAGCCGGACGCCGUACUACUCUCGGGCGACCUGUCCUACGCGGACGGCUGGCCCUGGCGCUGGGACUCGCGCGGACGCGGUGUCCAUCCAUUGUCGCCGAGACGCCUUCGACGCGGCACGCCUCGCAGGUUCGGUGCGCUCGCCUCGCCCUUGCUCUCGCGCGUCCCGGUCCUCGUCACCGGCGGCAACCACGAGGUCGGCUCGUCCGAGGCCUGGCUCCACUAUCUCGAAAGGUGGCCGACGCCCUACCGCGAAGCGCGCUCGACGAGUCCGCUCUAUUGGUCGGCAGACGUCGGGCCGGUCCACGUCGUCGCGCUGAACAGCUACGACAACUUCGUGCACGGUGGAGAUCGCCUCCAGCGAAGUUGGCUCGAGGACGACCUCUCCAAAGUCGACCGCGCGGCGACGCCGUGGCUCAUAGUGAUGAUGCACGCCCCGUUCUACAACUCCAACAGCGCCCACGCCCUCGAGGCCGAGCUCAUGAGGUUAACCUACGAGCCGCUCCUCCUGAAAUAUGGUGUGGACGUCGUGCUGAGCGGCCACGUGCACGCGUACGAAAGGAGCGACGCGCGCGGCAUUUAUGACGCCCAACCCAACGCGUGCGGACCGGUCUACCUCAACCUCGGCGACGGCGGCAAUAGGGAAGGAGGCGAGGCGGCGUGGGUCGCGCCGCACCCGGAGUGGUCUGCUUUUCGAGAGUCGUCCUUCGGCGUCGGCGCUCUGGACAUCAUAAAUGAGACGCAUGCGUCCUACGCGUGGCACCGCGACGCCUGCGGGGCAUCGACGGCGCCGCACUACGACCUCGCCGCAAACGACUGCGCGACGCCGCACGACGCCGGCGGCGCGCCGCACGUCGCUAUCGACGCGAUCGUAUUGCGCCGCGAUCUGCGCGCGUCUCCGUCGUGCGCCGCCCUGCGACGAAACCCGCCUUCCGUAUCACCCUUCCCCGACGGCUGGGGCACGUCCAACGCGGCGAACGACGACGAUGCCCCGCCACCUUUGAUUCGGGAGCGGCGGAGCGUCGAGCUGUCGCUCGUCGCUAUUAUAUUGGGCACGGCGGCGUCGUUCAUCCUCGGCAUCUGCGCCGCGGCGCUGACGAGCCGCGUGACGCGCCGACCCUCAGAGACGAUACUGACGCCGCACAAGGGCUACGGGCUGGUCGACGAGAAGCGGUCGCCGGACUCCGUCAUCGUGGAGAUGCUGUGAAGUGUAUAAAGUGAAU